AAGAGCGUCUGCUAAAUGACUAAAAUGUAAUUGUAGGGCUGGAAAAUGUCUUCUUUUUUUUUUUAUUCUGUGGGCCUCUCUCACAAUAUACAAAUCUUUGUGGGAAUAAUUACGGCAUAAUUACAUAGUUCAAAUGGUAUUUAAAUGUCAUAAAAAUCACCACAAUGAUUAUGGUAACAAACAUGACGUGCUUGAUUGUGACCUCAGGUGAAGGUAACUCAAUUGUUUUUGGAUGUUAAACCGGCGACAGUAAGACCCGGUGGAAACAUUCUCAAACGCAGACUCCUCUCUCUGUACACUUGCCUUUCCAGUAUACUCGCAUUAUGGUAACGAAGCGGGCUGGCGGCUGUGAAUAAUAUGCAUUUAGGAUCAAUUUCAUUCAGUACGUUACCCAGGCCUUCAAAUGGUCGUCUAACUGAUAUUUAUGUUCUUCCAAACGUCUUCGUUUUGUGCUGCUUUGGAGAAGAUAACGGUCUUGCGCAAGUCUAUCACACCUUGGAAGGUAUCAAAGACGCUUUUCUUCACACCACUGUAACUGAGUCAAGCCUUGAAUCGCAGCAGGGGAGAGGAGCUGUCAAGAUACUUGAAUCCGUCUGGCUAGCUGGUGAUGCGUAAAGUCACUAUACCCUCGUCCAGAGCAGGGGCAUCCCCAGCUCCAGACUACUGGAUAGAUGGAUCGAAGAAGGAGACCCUGGCUGACUACUAUGAGUUGGAGUCCGAAUUGGGACGGGGAGCAACGUCGGUGGUGUGCAGAUGUCGACAGAAGGGAACACAGAAGCCGUACGCAGUGAAAACACUGAAGAAAACAGUGGAUAAGAAGAUAGUUAGGACAGAGAUAGGUGUUCUACUUCGACUCUCUCACCCUAACAUUAUCAAACUAAAAGAGAUCUUUGAGACCCCAUCAGAGAUCAGUCUGGUCUUGGAGCUUGUGACUGGAGGAGAGCUAUUUGAUAGGGUUGUGGAGAAGGGCUUCUACACUGAGCGGGAUGCUGCUGAUGCUGUCAUACAAGUAUUAGAAGCUGUUGCAUACCUGCAUGAGAACGGCGUGGUGCAUCGAGACCUGAAACCUGAGAACCUCCUAUACGCCACCGCAGCACCAGACGCUCCCCUCAAAAUAGCUGAUUUUGGUCUGUCGAAGAUCAUCGAUGAUCAGGUCACAAUGAAGACUGUUUGUGGUACACCAGGAUACUGUGCCCCAGAGAUUCUGCGAGGAAGUGCUUAUGGACCUGAGGUUGACGUGUGGUCGGUGGGAGUUAUCACGUAUAUCUUGCUAUGUGGCUUUGAACCGUUCUUCGAUGACAGAGGGGACCAGUACAUGUUCAAGAGGAUCCUCAACUGUGAAUAUGAGUUUGUCUCCCCCUGGUGGGACAAUGUGUCCCUCAAUGCCAAGGACCUGGUGAGAAAGCUGAUUGUCCAGGAUCCAAAGAAGCGGCUGACGACCUUGCAAGCGCUGCAGCACCCCUGGGUGACUGGGAAGGCAGUUAACUCAGCCCAUAUGGACACUGCUCAGAAGAAACUGCAGGAGUUCAAUGCACGCCGAAAACUCAAGGCUGCAGUAAAGGCCGUGGUGGCUUCAUCACGAUUGGGCAGCGCUAGCAGUCACGGCAACGCUGACAACAGCAAGAACAGCAACUGCAACAACUCCGCCAAUCAAAAAGAGGCACAAGAGGAGCAGCCACGGAACGACCAGUCACAGAUCCAGGAGGGAUCCUAACUGUGGAUCUCCUCUGUCGUUGUCACCCUGUGAAGGCAUUCAACCCUCCUGCUAGACUGAAGUUGCUGAGAGGAGCUAUGUGGUAUUACCAUCUGUACUGGCGAUACUCUGCUUGGCUUUAUUGCAUGUGACUGAUUUAUGAAACGGUGUACAACCAUAUUGACUCGGCACAUUGGAACAACAUGCCUACAAGUAUUUAAAGUACAUGUGAAAUCAGAGUUUACGACUGCGCAUUCCCAUUUCAUAACUCACACAACAAGUAGCUUCACUGGAUGGUUUAGCUCUUCCAUUAUACAAUGUUAUAACUGCAAAAUGGUCUCCAAGUGUUCCCAGUAUUAAUUUGCCAGUUUGUAAAUGAAUUCAUAACAAUUGGCAGAAUAAGGAUAGUAGGUCAUUAUGUGUUCUGGUAAUCAUCAUGAUGCUUUGGUGGCAGAAUAUAGAAUCGAUCUAGGUUGAUUUUCAAUACUGGUUGAGUAAGCCUACAGUAUCUGUUUGAAGAACGGGUUUGACACAUUUUCCAGAUGGUCAUAAACUUAACCUUUAUUACAACUUCCAAGGAGAAUGCCUUAUUAUUGUAUCUUAUUAACUGGAUUUUACACUCCCUUUGUAAGAAAUAUUUCAUAUCUUGUUAAGAAUUAGAUUAGAAACAUGUUAAAAACAAUCAAUAGCACAAUGAUUGUAUUCAAACGGACUUUCAAGGAACAUUAGGUUAUUUCGUAGUGCAGAGUUGUUUUAGCAUUAAGAACUUUUCACUUUUGUAUAGCAAAAUAUGUUGUGUACAACUGAAAAGGCACCCCAGUUUUUUAUUGCCAAAUACACAAUUUGCAGGGAAAUGAUGGAUGAGUAGAUACAAUUUUAUUUUAUUUAGAUAUUCAGUGCCAAAAUUGGUUGAGGCUGCUGCUUUAUUUGAUAAUAUCCCACCUCUGUCAUAUACAAUUGAAGAGGGUGUUCUCUUCGUGCAAAUAUUUAUUUCUCAUUAUAAACUGGGUGGUUCGAGCCCUGAAUGCUGAUUGGCUGACAAAACAUUUAUUGUUACU